UCUGGGGCGGCCAGAUAGAGAGACAGAGACCCAGAGACGCUGAGCCGGAUGAGAGGGCUGGCUCCACCAUGGACUGUAGCUGCGUCUCCGACCUUCUCUUCGCCCCGCCUGCCCUGCCGGCUCUCUGGACCCCCGGGUUUGCCUUCCCAGAUUGGGCCUACAAGCCGGAGUCGUCCCCUGGCUCGAGGCAGAUCCAGCUGUGGCACUUUAUCCUGGAGCUGCUGCAGAAGGAGGAAUACCAGGGUGUCAUCGCCUGGCAGGGGGACUACGGGGAAUUCGUCAUCAAGGACCCCGAUGAGGUGGCUCGGCUCUGGGGCAUCCGCAAGUGCAAGCCCCACAUGAAUUAUGACAAGCUGAGCCGGGCCCUGCGCUACUACUACAAUAAACGGAUUCUCCAUAAGACUAAAGGGAAGAGGUUCACUUACAAGUUCAACUUCAGCAAAGUCGUGCUUGUCAACUACCCACUGUUGGAUGUGGCAGCAGCCACCACGGGCUCCCCACUCUUGCUGACCCCAGGUCCUUUUGGGGGCACCCCUGGGCCAGAUGCUCCUCCCCUUACCCCUGAGACCCUGCAGACCCUGUUCUCUGCCCCUCGCCUGGGAGAGCCAGGGGCCCGGGCGCCCCUGUUCACCCCUGAGACAGACAAACUGCGUCUGGACAGCCCUUUCCCGUUCCUGGGCUCCGGUGCCACUGGCUAUUCCAAGCCCCCUGGCCUGCUGGGUCCUUAUGGCCGCACCUUCCCAGAGUACCCCUGGAACUUUAACCCGUACCUGACUGGCCCCUUCCCCAAGCUACCCCCCUCUCUCUACCCCCCACACUUCUACCCCAACCCUCUGGCCGGUUCCCUGGGCCACCUGCCCUCAGCAGGGGCUGGGGGAGGCCCCACGCCUUCACCCCUGCUGGCUGCGACGGGGGACGGCCUGGGCUCUGAGCGCCCCUCAGGCCUGGUGGCAGCUCCUCGCCUGGCACUGCCCGGAGCUGGGGGUCCAGAGACUGCGCUGGGCGGGAAGGAGGACAGCGACUCGGAGCUGGAGAUCACGGACGUCAGCGGCUGCAGCUCUGACAGUGAGGGCGACGAGGGCCUCCCUGUGGCCCCCAAGUCCAAGGCGAGCAAAGGGGGGCUCAGCAGCUGAGCCAGUGUGGGGUAAAGGAUUCUGCCAGGGUGGGGCUUGGGGGGCAGCCUCUGCCGUGGUCCAGUCUGCCCCCCACCCCCAUGUCCUGCCCAAGGCCAAGGACCUGCCCUCAGCCCCUCCCAAGACCGCCACGUGGUGGCCCACCUUCUUCCCUAACCCUGGGUUGGGGUCUCACCUCCCCUGUCAGAGGGGGAGGGAACACAAUGGUCUCCAGCCUCCUUCCCAGGCUCCAGUUUGAGGGGGUCCCCGCCUGGCCCCACUCCCAAAGUGCAAUAUGGCGCCCAGCCUCUCCUGCCCACCCACCCCUGUGCUGUGACCUGCGUGUGUGUUCGGCCAUGUCUGCCCUUGUGCCAGCCCCAGUCCUGACCCCCGCCCCACACAGGCCCCCUGGGGACAGGGAGCUCAGAGCAAUAAACCCGCCCCCAGCCCCUGCCCAGGAGGGCCCCCUCCCCACGACCCCUAACAGCCACCUCCAGAGAGUUUACUACAAAAAUAAAAGAACGGAAAGGAGUGUGA